UUACAAAAACAUUGACACAGAUUCAUUCUGAGACUCGUUAACCAUGAUCAAGCUAAAGAUGCAGUGAAAAGAAACUGGAGAAAGAACUUUCCAGGAAUUCAGCACUUUACUGAAGAGAACUCUUAGCCCAGACAAUGAUGCUCUGCUCAGCACUGACCAGUUCAACAAACAAAAGAGUGAAACUUUUGUAUACGAGACUUUCAAGUUUCUCACUGGAAAACUUAAAGAUUUAUGGAAGGCCAACAUAACUGAAACAAACACUUCUGAGUUCAAGACUAUCGUUGAUAUGCUUAGGGAUAAAAAGAGUUUUAUCUACUAUUUGAAAGAUAAAGAAAAAGUCAUAUUUAACUCUCUCAUUGGUGAGAUUCUCAAGGUAUCCUAUACCUUUAACAAGGCGAAAGAAGAUAUGAAAAAGGGACAACAAUGAUCAACUAACCCAAACCAGCACCUGCUCAAUGAUUACUCUGAGUCCACAAUUUCGAGCAGUAUUAAUGGAUCUCCUAUUCAAUUAGCCAAUUUAGGUGGGGAUAUAAAAGGCGAAAAGAUAGAUGCCCCUCAGACCAUCUUAAAAAAGCCAGAGAUUAGCGAUACCAAACCAAUUCAGACAGACAUGAUCAACACUAUUCCAGCUAAACCUGAACCCAAAACUCAGGAAAGUUUAAAUAGGAUCUCUAACACCAAAACACAGCCUGAUACCUCUGUAUUCUUGGAUGAACCAGAAAUUGAAAAGGAAACUUCACCAUCCAACAAAAACAGUGAGAAACCAUCAAGCCCACCAUUUUCGUUCGACACAGGACUCGAAGAUAAGUCAAUCGAGGAUCGGAAAUACAGACUUCAACAAGACCCCAUGAUGACUCAAGAUGACACUAUAUCCUUCUGCAGUGUCAAGAGUGAACAGACCAGACAGGAGACUAAUGAGAAACAAUGCAGCUCAGGAGAAGAUGAAAUCAUCUUCUUAGAUUCCGACAUGAAAGAACAAAGCAUCGAAGAAAUUAAGUCCGAAAAAGAAAGAAACAAAGAACUUCUCAAAAUGGUCAAAGAAGAAAACCCAUUUGAAGAGAUGUCACAGAACCCAGUGAAUAUUUCUUCUCCAACAGAAGAGAAAGAAAAGGUUGAGAUCAAAGCAGAAGUAGAUGAGCCUUCGAAAACAGAGGUCGUGAAGAAGGAAGAAAGCUCUUCAAGUCCAACAGAAUCUCUUUCAAUCAAAAAGAUAAGCUCUUCUGUUCAAAAGGGGAUCUCUCAAGUAGUUAAAUCUGAAGAUCCAAAAAUAGUCAAGAAAACUGCCGAAAAGAGUCUAUCAAAAGAGGAAUUAGAAGAACAAAAGAAGACAGUAGCUGCAGAAAUUGCAAAAAUGGCAAUGCAAAUUAAAAAGUGUCCAGGUUAUAAUUCAGGUCAAAGCAACUCUGAUCAAGACGAUGAUGAAGAGAUUCAAAAUCUAAAGGUUUCUACCCCUGUUACAAAACCUCAGAAUCCAGUAAUAGUAUCUUCAGCUCAGACUAUAUCCUCUUCAGCUCAGACGAUAUCCUCUUCAGCUCAGACGAUAUCCUCUUCAGCUCAGACGAUAUCAUCUUCAGAACCAAAAGAAGAUCCUCCAACUUCUAAACUAGACCAAUCAUCAAAACCACUGUCUAUUUCCUACCCAAAGAUAAGCAGUGUUACAAAUAGUACUUCUGAAGAAACUGCUAAGAUACCUUGACAACAAAAAGCAACAACCCAAGUGCCAACCAAGAUUCAAAAUACUCAGCAAAAGGCUACUCAGCCUAUAUCCAAACCUGAACCAGCACCAGCAAAAAUCCCUCCUCCAUCCCUACCUGCCAAACAAACUCCAGUUUCAAUAACCAAGUCUGCUCCAACCCCAAAACCCCACCUCCCUUCUUCCAAACCCCAACUAACCCCAGUUCCCUCCACUUUCCCUUGCAAAACCCUUCCUCUCCCAACCUCCUCCACCAACCUCCCAAAACCUGCUCCAUCUGUUCCUAGCCAGCCCUCUGCCCCACCCCAAACUGCUCCCAAACCCUCACCAAUGCCAAAAAUAUCUCUUCAAACUAUAGUACCUAAACUCCCCCUCUUAAAACCACCCACCCUGCCUGCACGUCCUUCAAGCUCUGCACUAUCCUCUACUGCAGCUUCUUCUUCACAAGAUGCUUCUACAGCAGAAGCUUCUGCUUCUGCUGUAGAAGCAAAGGCCAAGAAGAGAGAAGUGAAGGAAGUACUGAAGAAGGAGGAAGAGAAGGGAGAGCAAAAGAAGGAAAUGGGUAAGGAAAUAGGGAUGAAGAGAAGGAAAGUAGAAGGAGGUUUACUUAGUGAGGUACAGAAAGGGUUGUUAGGAGAUAAAGGAGAGAAGAAGGAAGAGAGGAAGCCAGAUGUGGAGAUGAGUGGUGUUGAUUUUGCAGUGGUGAAGGCUGAGUCCGUAAUGCAGCAGGAGGAAGUUAGACAAAGGAAGACGGGAGUUAAGUAUGAGUAUGGGAAGAUUGAUUAUGGCAAAGCAAUUUCAAGUGAUACUAGUACGAUUGAUUUGUGGCAGAAAAAAGAGAAGCCGAAGGAGGAAAACACUUACUCAUAUUUUGAUAUCCUGGCAAGGAAUCUUUUGAAAAUCAAGAGAGAAACUCCCAAAAUUAAGAUUGAUGUUUCUUUAGCACAAAGAAAGCUGUCUUAA